AUGUGUGCCCAUUCACUUAGUGUGCUCAUUGAGAGGUCUAUAUAUGAGGUGCCAAAUAAAUACAUUGUCUCGAGAUGGAGAAAAGAUUUGGAAAUAGGGUAUACAUGUAUUCUAACCACAUACACGAAUUUCGGGGCUGCUAUAAAUCCAAAGUUGCAUGAUUUGUAUCACAAGACGUUAGAUAAGGUCCUAGAACUUGCCACAAAUGACGAUGGUAAACACAAAGUGAUUCAACUUGGGUUGAGAGAAAUCAAGGAUCAAGUGAAAACUAUUGAAUCGGGUACUGCGAGUAAUGUGCCAUGUACUAGUACUGUACCACCUUCUACUAGUAUUGUACCACCUUCUUAUACUUCGCCGAAAAGUCCGCCACGUUUGAAUACUACAAAAGCAAGCAACACUUGCAAGGUACUUAGUCCUUUGGUUGUUCGCCGAAGAGGCCGUCCAUGUACGAAGCAGAAGGUUAGUAAGAUUGAUCAAAUAGUUAAUCGGUUGAAGAGAAAGAACAAGAAGACUACUCCCGCACAGGUGUCGGAAGAUCAAGCUUACUAUUUUUCUUCUAUGGUUGGCACACAAGAUAGUCUGUAUGUACCGGCUCAAUUACUAGUCUGUUUUGUUGCUGGUCUUAAAAUUUCUUGCUGGUCUGUUUGUUCACUAGACAGGUUCAAUUGA